AUGAUGGAUGGAGAUGUGAUUAAGAAGCCGCCCUCCGUGGACACGGCAAGCAAGAGGUGCCAGCAGGUGCUGCUGGAGCUGGAGGGGGUGCUGCAGCACUUGGAAGUGAUGUUCCGCUUGACGCUGGUUCCCCGCGUUCUCAUCCUGCUUGGUGGCAAUGCCAUGAGCCCCAAGGAGCUCUAUGAGCUCAACUUGGAGGGCGUCUGCGUGGGCAGCGCCGAGGAGAGCCUGGAAACCCCCUUUUGCCUGCGAAAGCUCUUCCACUCGCUCUUCGUUGCCGACGUCUUCAGCGAACUGAAGGUGCUCCCUGCCGUGGGCACCGUGGUUAUGCUGCAAGGACACCGCGACUGUGGGGCUGAGUGGUUCCGGCCCAAGCUCAACUACAAAGUGCCCACUCGAGGACGGAAACUCACGGUCAGCUUGUCCUCCGAUGGAGACGUCAGUGCCUCAUGUCCUCAGGCCGUGGCCUGUGACUGGGAGGAUUACAUAUGGUUUCAAGCACCAGUGACACUCAAGGGGUUUCAUGAAUGAUUUGGGCUUUAUAGGAUUUUAAUGAAUUAUCGAGUAACCUUUUUGGUGCUGCUUUGGGUGGUGACUAUUUUAGCAGGCGUAAUUGCAUAUUCUUGUCUUUCUGGAUCUCUUCUCCAGGGCAUCAACUGUCUCUCUGUAGCUGGACAGUGUUCAUCUUGUUGUGAAACAGCUGUAACACUCUUCUCUGUAUGGAAUUGAUACAGAAAGCAAAUAUCCUUUAAGGCACAGUUGCACAUUCUUUGGGGACCUCAGCUGUGGCAAAGGAGACAAACUUGUGCUGGGAGUAGAACUUCAUCGCAGUGUACUUAUUGGCCUGGCAAAUACUGGAUACAGUGUUUUCUCUCCUGAGAAAAAUGCUGAGUUUUGAUGCAGCAAUUCCUCUAUCAAUAAUUGCUACUUCAGCAAAUUGUUUUUUUGGCUUUAAAUAAUGCACAUGAUUAUUACUGCAGCUGGSCUUUCCAGGGUUUGCCAUAAAGGAUGUAACAAUUCUAAUGUAUUCCACUGCUGGGAAAGGAGAUCUUUCCCUGCAGUUGGAUCAGAUUUGAGUACUCUAGUGUUUGCCACUUCCUUGAUAAAACGAGACCUCCCCUAAUUCCCUUUUGACUAGUUUAUCAUCCAAAGAGCAAGACUUCUCAGCAACUGGGAGAUUUCAUACCUAGCCUUGGAAAAAGAGGUUAAGCUGUCCCGUGGAGGCAGGAAAGCACCUUUUGGUGUCUCUUUACUAAAAGACAGCCCUGAUAAUUUGUUAUACAGUUAAAAUCAAGAGGAAGCAAUUUUUAUCCUUGUGCUGUGCAGAGGAACAUAGGACUCCUGCCCCAUCAUGCUGGUUUAUUCUCAGUUAAAAAAAAAAAAUCAGUUCUUGCCUGCUUUUACAAAAUGUUAGAGUCCUGGACUGUAAGCCUUGCUGGAAUGUGGGAAGAGACAAGGUGGAUGUGAUCAGCUUCAGCACUCCUUUAACUGUGAAAUUCUUGCCCCAAAUCAGAAGGCCCCGUGUUACCUGCAGGUGGAACUUGAGCUGUUUCUUCUGUGCCACAUCUGCUGUCUUGGGCAGAAUGGGACAAAGAGAGAGACCUCAGAGCACACUCUUGAACUAAUGUCCACUGAAGUAGUCUUGAAUCAGCUGGUAUCAACCUGCAAUGCAGUGAGUUUAACAGCUCUAGAUGCAUCUUUCCUGCUUAAAACUGCAGGCUACUGGCAGUGAGGUUGCCUGUAGCUUCUUACUAGCACUAAGUGUCGCUUGGGAUAGUAGAAGAUCUGUUGAAAUGAGAUAAAGGAGGAAAUAACCRUCUGCACUUACUGUUAUUUUUAUUAACUGUCUGACCUUUUGGACUAGARUAAGAUUAUAGGACUGGAAGGAAGGUAGUUAAGCUGAUAUUUUUGAGCUUGGAGAACACUGGGAGUGCUGUCUCUGCCUUGCUAUCCAUUGUCAGCUGUGCACAAAGAUGUAGUGACUGCUAAAGCUAGCAGAGAAACUGCUAGCACAGAGGAAUUGCUGAAAAGCUGCCUUGUGUGCAGCAUUGUAUGCAGCUUGUUUGCAGCUGCCUGCCUCUGUGUGUGCCCUCACAGGUGCCCUGAAGGAAAUGCAGCUUGG